GGGAUGGCCAACAGACAGACUUGACCAAGAACCACACUCUCACAUCAACCAAGGGUGUACAAGAUCCUAAUAAUAGAAUAUAUCGAGAGAUCAUUGACCAGGAUAGAAUGCAUGGCCCUCCGCCAGAUUACAGUGUGGUCGACCCACAAUUUGCUGAGCGUCGUCGGUAUUCAUUCCAUCCAAGCCUCCAAGCAAGAUAUAACCAACAACGACAGCAACAACAGCAUCCAUUAAGAAACCCAAACGAGCCCAGCCCCUUUAGACGAACUCUCAGCUGCUCGCAAUCCUUGUCGAUCCAUCCCAACCGAUCGCACAAUCCUCGACACUCACACACCAUCUCGGAUGGCCCACAGCUCAGUCAGCAUCAAAGACUGGGACGUUUGGUCAUAGGAUCGGGGGAAGCCUCGGCCUUAAACAGCCUUCUCAGCCAAACCCCAGCCUCUCCGCUUUCGUAUACCAAUCCUUCUUCCGGCGAAGACAAAUUGGUUAUCUUGGCCAGAUAUGAUACUGUGCUCUUGAUCGACGAUAGUGCUUCGAUGAGCCAACAGAAUUGUUGGAACGAGGCCGCCGUCGCUGUUGCUGGCUUAGCUGAUACCCUUGUGAAAUACGAUAGUGAUGGAAUCGAUGUCUAUUUUAUGAAUUCCGACAAACAUCUUCGUAACGCUACCUCGGCCGCCGAGGUCACUCAAUUAUUUUGA